CACUUAAAUCCGGCAGACCAUGCCACACGAGCGUUGCCCGCUGAGCAGCUCUCCAGCUCCACCUGGCUCAGAGGCCCAGCUUUCCUCUCCAGGUUGGACCAAAGUCAAGUUCGAAGUCAAACCUUCGAUCUCAUAGACCCAGAGACUGACUGUGAGUUGCGUCCUGAGGUAACAACUUGCACUACCACCCUAUCAAAAGGCCAGUUUAAUAGUGCCAGAUUUGAAAGGUUUUCAAGUUGGAAGGUGCUGCAAAAGGCUAUUGCCAAACUCCAACAUAUAGCUCAAUCAUUCAAGAACAACUCUGAGGUUUCCUGUCGUGGCUGGCACAACUGCAACAAACAUUUAACUGAAAAGUCACUGCAACUAGCCAAGACCACGAUCAUUCGCACCGUUCAAAGAGAGGUCUUCGCAGAAGAUAUUGGAUGCAUUGAAAAAGGCACAGCUCUAAAAAACUCAAGUCCACUCAGCAAACUGAAUCCAUUUGUUGACACGCAAGGGCUCCUUAAAGUUGGAGGCCGACUAAAGAAAGCACAGUUGUCUGCAGAAGAAACCAAUCCCAUACUCGUCCCUGGAAAGCAUCAUCUUGCUCAGCUCAUAAUAAGACACUUUCACGAAAAAUUAUGUCACCAGGGAAGGCAUUUCACGGAGGGAGCAGUCAGAGCAGGGGGCUUUUGGAUUGUGGGAGGAAAAAGAGCAGUAAGCAGUGUGAUUUUCAAGUGCAUCACAUGCCGCAAAUUAAGGGGCAGGCAACCUGAACAGAUAAUGGCUGAACUUCCUGAGGACAGGCUGUCCACGGACCCUCCUUUCACAAAUGUAGGCCUUGAUGUGUUCGGUCCCUGGUCCGUUACAGUGAGAAAAACGCGUGGUGCUAAUGCAGAUGCUAAAAGAUGGGCAGUCAUAUUCACCUGCAUGAGUACACGUGCAAUUCAUAUUGAAGUGAUUGAGUCAAUGGACACAUCGUCAUUCAUUAAUGCACUGCGUCGUUUCUUUGCCAUCCGAGGUGGUGCCAAACUCUUGAGAUCUGAUUGUGGGACAAAUUUUGUGAGUGCCUGCAAAGAGCUCCAAAUAGACAAACUAGGCUGUCACAAUGACAAAAUAGGCACAUUCUUGAAAGACAGUGCGUGCAAAUGGCAGUUUAAUCCUCCACAUGCAUCCCAUAUGGCUGGUUCCUGGGAACGCAUGAUCGGCGUCACCCGAAAAAUCCUCAAUGCAAUGCUCCUUGAACAUCCAUAUGGGAAGCUCACACAUGAAGUACUCGUGACAUUGUUAGCUGAAGUCACCGCAAUUGUAAAUGCACGCCCACUAACGGCUGUUUCUACAGAUCCCGAAAACCCAGUCAUUCUUACUCCUGCGAUGCUACUCACGCAAAAGGUUGGCACACCACCGAUUCCACCAGGGCAGUUUCAGUCCGGUGACCUAUUCAAAGCCCAAUGGAAGCGCGUGCAGUACUUAGCUAAUGUUUUCUGGAGUCGUUGGCAGAAAGAAUACAUCGCAGGCCUGCAGGUUCGUCACAAGUGGAAAACAAAAAAGCCAAACCUUCAAAUGGGCAACGUUGUUUUAAUGAGGGAGUCUCUAGAACAUAGGAAUAAUUGGCCACUCGGACUGAUCACAAAAUCUUUCCCAAGUGAGGACGGUAAUGUCAGAAAAGUUGAGGUUAAGAUUUGCCGAAACGGCGAGAAUAGGUUUUACAUUCGCCCAAUUCGUGAAGUUGUGCUUUUGAUGUCUAAGGAUAGCAUGUAAAACGAGUUGUUGUUUUGUAUCGUUCAUUAGUUAAGGGCUGACAUCUUGCAGAUGUCAGGCGGGGAGUGUUAUGUCCUCUGGUCUUAUGUUGACUACUUUUUGGGUUUAAUUUCUUUCUAAGAUUGUACAUUGUUCAUCCGUCCACAGGAUGUCGCUAUUCUAACUCAGAAUCUUAAGUUUUUCUUUGGUAUUGCUGUUUGCGCUCGGCUUCCCCUAGUGGCGACUUGCUGUAAGCAGCAGGCAGAAAGAACUUUUUAUUUCAGUUGGAAAAGAGGCCUUGAGGUGUUAAGACGUUGCACACCUCCUCUGCACCAUACAUCGUUGGGAACCCUUGACAAAACAAAAUCUCUCGCUCAAGUAGACUGCCAGCAAGAACAGCGGGUGUUGCCACCUCGAUGUUGAGAGUGGUUCCAUCUUAGCCCCAGGAGAGCGCAUAAAUGCAGGGGUCCAAUCAGAGUGGUCCGAGAAAGGCUUGGAUGGAGAGAGGUGAAGUAAAAGCAUGUCGAGCUCAUGCUGAGUUUCACGUCCACCGGGCCUGUUCACACCACACGAGCACUUCAGGUCGGCAGCCAGUCAAGUCAACACGGUGCUGACCCUCUUCCUCAAAAGCACUGGCAAGUCUUCCUGGGGAAAGGAUGUGAUGACCAAUGGAAAAAUAGGUGACAGACAAAAGUUCAUAUCCAAGGAGGAUAAUAAACAUCAAACUGCUUCUCAGAUGACAUGGUCCCACUCAGCGUGCAAAUGUUGACAUGGAGGUCCUAGCGCGGCCCCUCCAGGAGGGCCCCCCCUCAGCACUAGCCUCGGCUGGCUCGUCACGUUUGCGCAGUUUGGUGCUGAGGCGGAUGAUGCCUUGGUCCCAGUCUUCUGGAAGCAGCAGCAUGAGGAAACCCAGACAGAUAAUGGAGACGGCGAUGAGGCGCACUGUGUUGAAAUUAAUCUCACACGUGUAGAAAUCCACCACUGGGAAGUGCAGACAUGGAUGCUGAAGUAACGACCAGAGUGAUGCCAAUGACCGAGUGACUGUGAAAGCCAUCAGCAUGGGUGAGCCCGGGACCAGAUGCCGCUGAUCAUCGUCAGCAGCUUACUUAAACCGGUCCUUGGCCUGACAUCAUCGCCAGAUCCACAACUGACCAACAACUAUGUGACUUUCAGCUAACAAAGAAUCUUCUAAUCCUCAUACUGAGCUCAUUUUUGUGUCCGUCCCCCCACCCCCCCCCAAGAUCCUGUAUUGCUUGCCUGGCAAAACGCCAUCCUGCCCGUUCACCUGUUCUAUCAACAAACUGCCCACCGGAUUCUUCGGACACUAUCUAACACUCCCUCUCAUCGUCAAUGAAUUAGGUCCCCCUUUACCCCAGGACUAUAACAAAAACAAUAUGUUGUUUACAGUCUAAAACUGGGUCAUCUUUAAUAUUGAGUUGCUUCUUCCUGUUAAGUUAGUUUGUGAAAAAAAUGUUUUAUUGUUAUGUUGCAUUAAUAUGUUAGCAUUAAUAAAUGACACGAA